UUGGUUGUACGUUUUGCUCUAUUACGUUAUGUCCGUAUUGGUGUAGCUGAAUGCUUUAUUUCAAGAUUAUUGUUAGUAGUUUUCUAAAUCUCAUUUUAGAAUUCUAAAUUCUUGGUUAUUUAGUACAUCAAAAUGAGUUUUUAAACGCAAGAAAUACCAAGUUUUCACCCAUGUAGUUGGCGUUUGACGUUAGGAGAAAGGCUAACAUACAGGAAGUGUUCAGAUUUCACCAAGGACAGAUCUAAGCCUCCGAGAUGAGUGAGAUCGACUGCACCAUGGAAGUCGAGCCUCAGCUUCCCGUGUUUCCAGACUCCUCCAAGCCUUGCGUACAAGUGUGGAUGGACAAGUUCACCAAAGGCAUCUUGUCUUGUAACCACUUCAAGGACCACUGGAGAGUCUGGGUGCCGCGAAUCUUCAGUCCAGAACCGAGCAACAACUGUCUAGACUGGAAUUUUGACAAUGAGAAAGCCCAACAGAUUCUUAUAGACACCCUCGAAGAGUUUAUCUGCAACGGGGACCCUCAAACCGUGUUAAAAAGCCUCAGCCAGUUGGACAAUCCUCCGUCGAUAUGCGGACGAGUUUUCAAAAUGGGAGAGCCUACUUACUAUUGCAGGGAGUGUGGAAUGGACGCAACCUGUGUCUUGUGUGUGGACUGCUUCAAGAAGUCGGUUCACAAGAACCACAAGUACAAAAUGGGAACUUCCAGCGGAGGAGGAUGCUGCGAUUGUGGAGACGUCGAAGCCUGGAAGAACGAUCCUUACUGUGACAUUCAUGCUCAAGGUCUUCAAAAGAGGCAGUCAUACGGGAGUGUACUGCCGGAAGACAUUGCGGAGAGAGCGCGUAUCACUUUUAGUGCAGUUCUGCGCUACGCUUACCAACUCCUCACACUGGAAUUUUCACCAGGAUUACCUGCGGACUUACUUCUUAAACAAUCUGAAGAAGAUUCUCUAAACUUUUUGCAGUCUCCAGAUACAUUCUGUACGGUGUUGUACAAUGAUGAAACUCACACUUUCGAACAAGUCAUCAACACCUUGGCGAGAGUUAUCAAGUGUUCGCAGAGGGAUGCGAUUGAGUUUGUUACAAACAUAGACAGAGAAGGAAGGGCUGUUGUGAAAUGCUCUACGUUCCAAUGUUGUUCUGACCUAAAGCAAGAGAUUGAGAGGUUCACUUCAAGACAUGGUAACAGACCGCUCAAGGUUCUAGUUGUACAUGCGCAUGUCGUAGCUCAUCAGUUGUAUGCGAUGCGCCUCCUCACGUGGCUACAACAAAUCCUCAGCAACUGCGAAGGUUUCAGAGUCGUAUUUAGUGAAGUCGCAUUGCAGAUCAAAUCACCAGACACCUCGAUAGUAGAAGGAAUUCUUUUGCGGGAUUCCAAUCUGUGGAAGUCAGCCCGUCUCCAUUGGCACAGACUUUUUAUCUCAGGAAUGCUCAUGGAAUACGAGAGUAAAAAGGCAUUUGCAAAAGUUUUUACAAAAAACUACGGUGCAGUGAUGAAAGAUUUUAUUCGGGACGACCACGAUCACUCGUUUUCUGUAGCCUCGUUAGCAGUUCAAAUUUUCACUGUUCCGACGCUUGCUCAUUAUCUAAUAGCUCACGAAGAUGUCUUGUUGACUUUGUUUAACACCUUUAUUUCAGAGUGUUCCCGGAAAACCAACAAGUCUGGGAAGUUGGAGUUUGAGAGAAACGUCUCUAACAGUGCUUUCAAGAGAGCUCAAUACGUACUUUAUGACUUGAGGUACUUAUUAGGGGUGAUCCCAGAUGUGUGGACAGAUGAACUGAGGAAAGGAAUUCUCCAAGGUGUAACACUUCUACUGAACCUGCUGAACAUCAUGCAAGGAAUGGAUGCAGUUACUAGACAGGUCGGACAGCACAUGGAGUAUGAGCCAGAGUGGGAGUCAGCUUUCAAUUUGCACAUCAAGCUCGCCCCUGUGAUAACCUUGAUUCUAAAGUGGUGUGGAUCGGACAGGGUUGUUCUGAUCAAAGCGUAUCGUGCGACUCUCAAGAAGCUUUACGAAAAUCCCAGUUUCAAUCCUUCCAGUGUUGGAGAGGUGCGUGAACUAGCUGAUCACAGUGCUUCCUGCCUCCAAUAUGAUGUUUCGUCUCAGCCCGUCUCGAUACACCUACCACUCUCGAGGUUCCUCGCUGGACUUCACCUUCAUCUUGAAAAAUUCGGGUUGCAUUUUGAUUCUCCCGAAUUCCAAAUUCCAACCAAGCAAACGCCAGAGCAGAUCAUUGAGCCUGUUUUGAGGACACAAGUCAUGAUAUCUCAAGUCCACGCUGGAAUGUGGCGCAGGAACGGUUACUCGUUGUUAAAUCAACUCUACUUCUAUCACAAUGUCAAAUGUCGAGGAGAGAUGCUAGACAAAGAUGUUGUUCUUCUCCAGAUCGGUGCAUCACUAAUAGAAAGUAACGAGUUCUUGAUUCAUCUGUUGAAUAAGUACAACCUUAUCAAUUGGGCUAAUCCGUUGUUUGAAACAAAUACGUUGAAAAACCCUGAAGAGGAUAGUAUACGUCAAACGAUAAGUCUGGUUGAGGAAUUCCUCGGGCUACUUAUCACCUUAGUAGGGGAAAGGUACAAUCCAGGCGUAGGACAAGUGACUCAUGAUGACUGCAUCAAGAAAGAAAUAGUACAACAGCUUUGCAUCAAACCAAUGUCUCAUUCGGAACUGAAUAAAACUCUGCCGGAUGAUGUCAACCAUGAGACAGGUAUGGAAAAAGUCAUCAAUGAUGUUGCUGUAUUCAAGAAACCUACCCAAGCGUCCGGAAAAGGUGUGUACGAACUGAAACCUGAGUACUAUGACCAGUACAAUGUUUUCUUUUAUCACUACACCCGAGAAGAACUGUCCAAAUCUGAGGAAGAACAGCGUAAGAGAAGGAAAACAGCUGGUGAUUUAGAAUGUUGCCCUCCACCGCCUCUUCCUCCGCUGGCAGAGUCGUUUAGUGUUUUGGCCAACUUGUUGCAGUGCGAUGUUAUGCUUCACAUUAUGCGUAUUGUGCUGGACAGAAGCAUCAACUUGAGAGCAAGAAGUUUUUCUGAAGCUCAGUUGAACAAAGUGUUACAUCUUAUUGGGUACGCUCUUCACGAAGUUGAGAGACAAAACUGCCAAUUUCUCAUGUUCACUGAAAGGGCUGAAAAGUGGGAUCUGGAAUCUUUAAUGCAAAUGCUAUCUAAAAGCCCUAGGAUUGAAGUCCACAAGGACUUGUUGACUUGGACUGUAACAAAAUUCAGAAAUGUGUCUGCAGCCCGUCGGUUAGGCCCCCAAGCCCCUCAGGUCGAGGCACUUCCCCAACCUUCAGGGAGUCAAGAGGAUGAAGCAGCCAAGGAAGAAAAGAGCCUGAGAGCAGCAAAAGCUGCCGAGAAAAGGGCAAAAAUUAUGGCCCAAAUGACAGCGAUGCAAAAAAGUUUCAUGAAGGAAAAUGCUAAACUCUUUCAGUCCACUGUCAAAUAUCCUGACACGGAAGAAAUCACUGGUUCAACUAUGGAUUUAACGGAAAGCGUUGACGAAAUCCCAAUCUGCCUUGGUCCUAACCAAACGUCAAGGUUUUGUCAGAAAAAGACAUACACUUGCAUACUUUGUCAGGAAGAUCAAGCCGUAACAGCAGAAGGCCCAGCACUGGUGUACGCAGCGUUUGUCCAAAAGUCCACUGUCCUCUCCCGCUCUAGAAAUGAUGAAGAAUACGAAGAACAGGACCCUCUCUUUUUACCAUAUAGACUCGGCCCCGCACCUCACACUAGCACUUGUGGUCACGUCAUGCACAGUACAUGCUGGCAAAGGUAUUUUGACAAUGUCCUUGCGAAAGAAAACCGACGUCCCUACAGACUCAGACAACCUGCGAGUUUCGAUGUAGAGAAAAAUGAGUUUCUUUGCCCCCUUUGUGAGUGUCUUAACAACACAGUUUUACCACUGAUUCCUGCUCUAGGCAGUUUCCAACAAGGUAGCCAAAAUAUCGAUAAUCUUAAUCUUGACGAGUGGUUAAGUAGUAUCAUGAUUGCGUUGCAGCACAAAAAGAGAAUACAGAAGAACAAAGCUUUGGCUCAACAGGCCAACACUAAAACAGAAAAUCCAGUCAGUACAAAGACCCAUGUGAAAGUGGAUAUGCCAUCGAGUUCUGACGAUACUCCUUCAAAUUCUCUUGUAGCAGUGGCAACACCUUCACCAUCAGUAGAUCCGGCUUCAGCAGAAGACGAAACAAGCAUAUCUAUAGACUUAUCAACCUCUGAUGAAGAGUUGGAAUAUGAAAAUGAGCCAAUUCCUACAACGAGGGAGAUAAGCAUCGCCGAAAGUGAUGUUGUAAUGCAGUUGCUGUUGUAUUCGAGAGCAGACCAGAACUGCGAACCGUCAGGUGAAUCCAACACCGCUCAAGUGAAGCCUCACACUCAGCUCGCUCCCGAUAUUUUAGAUAUGAUUUUGCUGUUCUCCCAAGCCACAUUCACUAAAGGUUUAGGAGCUCAUCCAAAUCAGGACGACCAAAGAGUACCACUAAUGGCUUGGAAAUCUUGUGCCUACACAAUUCACUCACUAGAAUGGUUAACUAGAGACAUAGGAAAACCCGUCUUAGGCGAUUUAUCCUGUAGGCAACAAGACUGUUUGGAAGGUUUGGUAAGAAUCGCUGGUGUUUUAGGUUCUACUUGGAAGCAAGAACAGGUUAUUAACGGUCACGCUUUCCGACUGCUAUCGUUAGUGCUAGAAAAUCCACCUGAUGGACCAUCACUCCUCGAUUGGGACAGUUUUGGCGUCUUAGUGCCUCUAACCAUUUCCAUUCCUAGCCUGUUCUACACCGAACAGCCGAUUCCGAUUCCAAUGGGAACCACACUAGAGCUUCACACAUUACAUCUGAUGUUCAUCUCUAAUAUGGCUCAGAUAAUUCUCACUUGCGAUCUCCAACGAGCCGGAAUACCCAUGGAUGAAGAUGUUGAAGAUUCCGAAACAGAAUGUCUUCGCGAAGUCAUCACUACUUUGAGGGGUAACAUCGACGUGAGCACCUCAACCGUUUGGUCGAUAGUUCAAGAAAACUCUAUUCCGUUUCUCCGGUGUUGCGUUCUGUUCUACCACUAUCUUACUGGAGUCCCAGCAUCUCCUGCAUUAACGGAAGUCGGAGGCGAUACUUUUGUAAAUAUGUGUAAUUACCUCGGUCUUUCUCCGACGUGCAAGGAACUGCUGUCUCCUACCAACGUGAUGACUUUGAUCAAGAAGUGGGCGAGUCAUGACAGAGUGAAGGUGUACUUGAGCCAGUCGCCUCUGUCUUACAGAGACCCUCUCGUGGUCAACAGAUUGGUCAGUCUGCCCGACGACUACAGCGAGCUUAUCAACACCGUCAGCCUCUUCACCUGUCCGAACAGCGACCGAGAGGACUCCCGCAACCCUACGAUGUGUCUAGUGUGCGGAGAAAUGCUGUGUUCUCAGAGCUACUGCUGUCAAACGGAGCUCAACAAAAUACUGCAGGUUGGCGCGUGCACAUUCCACGCACACCAGUGUGGAGCAGGCGCGUGCAUGUUCCUACGCGUGCGGGAGUGUGAGAUUCUUCUUCUCGCCAGUCCCAACAGAGGGUGCUUCAUGACCCCUCCUUAUCUUGACGACUACGGAGAGACUGAUCAAGGGCUGAGGCGAGGCAACCCCCUCCGCUUGUGUCGUGAGCGUUACCGUAAACUCCAGCUACUGUGGCUCAGUCACGGCAUUCAUGAAGAGAUCGCUCGAGCCAUCGAGUCGAGUAAUAGUCUGGUGGCUACGCAGUGGCAGCAUCUUUAAACGCUUUCUGGUCUCGUUAAUUUAUCGGUCAAACCUGUUCCCAUUGUUGUUAACUGGGUCGUAAAUCAAUAGUUUAUUUUUUUAUUUGUUGAUAAAAUUUAUAUUUUCGGUUUCCAGAUCUGUAAUUGUAGUGUUUUUCAUGUUGGGCUGUCUGUUGCAAAGAUUUAAACCGUUAAUUUUCACCGGGUUAGAUUUUAAGCGUGUUGUGCUGAAAUUUUAUGUUAUGAGUGGAAUCAAACCAGUCGACGUGUUUAACGACUUUGUUUCCUGUGAAUAUUGUUUUUAAAACUCCUCUUGUUAAAUGAAUUCAUAGUUUUAUAACUAACGAGCUAUUGAUUUCUUAUUUAACCUUUAUUAUCCUUAAAACAAGAGUAAUAUUCUUACGUAGGUUAAAGUAGUGUUCUUAAAAAGCUCUCGGUCCAAUACAGUUUACAACCAUUCGUUUCAGCUUUAACAAUAACAAUUGAAAUGUUAUUGAAUAGUUUUAGCCCUUAAAGGAUUGAAAAUUGUUGUUAAAUAUAUGUUUCAUAAGUUUAAACACCCCGUUAAAUAACUGAUCUGCCUUCUAGUUAGUAGGUUUUAGUUCCUUUUCUGAAAACUUAAAACAAUUUGUUUUUCAAAGCUUUUUCAAGACUCAUUAUUUUUAAACAUGGUAAAUAUUAGGGCUCUUAAAAAUUAAGUACAAACACUGCAUGAUAUGGAUUGUAAUUAUUCCAUUUAUUUAAAGACCGCAUCCAAUUUGUUUUUUCCAGACUUACUUUUUCUAAUGAUUGUAUAUAAUGUUUGAUAUUUGUUAUUUUAAUUAGGAAAUCAUAACAAGAACCGUUCAGUUUCAACUUUUACAUCACAAUGUUAGGUUUUUUAUGCUUUUCUGAUGAUGCAAAACAAUCUAUUUUAUAUUAUAAAGCUUGAAAGUUGUAUGAAACGUUUUAGCCUUAACAGCUAUUAGAUCGCUUUAAAACACAUCUAGCCACAAUAAUAAAUAGUUUGAAAUGUUAAUCCAAUUAUUGAAAUCAUGUUACGGAUUUAAAUAUGUAAAGUGCAUAUUUUAGGCAAAUCAUUUAUUAUAUUUUCAACUAUAACUAACAACUUGUUUAUAACUAUGUCCUUUGCAUUUGACAAAAAGACAUUAAUUCAGUAUUUUUUACAACAGUUUGUUACACACCCAUCUUGAGUUGUACGAUUGAAAAAUUAGGAUUAGUUUAGUUCCUAUUUGGUAUUAUUUUAACACUGAGUUAUAUUUCUGAAACUGUUCAAAUUUAUCUUGCUGAUAUUUUUUUCUCCCACCACCAAUUCAACCAGCUGAUUUAACUUGAAGGAUAGUUACAGAUAAGUUUUAUUUAUUAACAUAAGUUUUAUUUAUACUGUAUUAACUUUGCAUCAAGUUCAGCUGUUUCCCAUGUCAUGUUCAAUUUAACCUGCACAAGAGAAACAUUUUUCAGUAACUUACAACUUCAUACUCUCUGAAAACAUUGUUUUAAAAAACUAAUAUGUUAGUGUUUUAUAUAUAUAUAUUUUUGAUGAAGUGUGAUAUUUUAGUUUUACUAUAUAAUUUAGGUCUUGUUUAUGUUGUUGUUUGUAAUUUAGAACCGGAAAUAAAAAUUAUUUGCACAUA